AUGCAGACUGCUUCAACAAACAUUUGUGAAAGACUGUGCAAAAAGUCCAUCUGUGAAAUUUCCUUGCUACUAAAUAUUCCACAGUCAACUGUUAGUGGUAUUAUAACAAAGUGGAAGCAACUGGGAACAACCGCAACUCAGCCACAAAGUGGUAGGCCACAUAAAAUGACAGAGCGGGAUCAGUGCAUGCUGAAGCGCACAUUGCGCAGAAGUCACCAACUGUCUGCAGAAUCAAUAGCUAGAGACCUCCAAACUUUAUGUGGCCUUCAGAUUAGAACAACAACAGUGCAUGGAGAGCUUCAUGGAAUUGGUUUCCAUGGCCGACCAGCUGCAUCCAAGCCUUACAUCACCAAGUGCAAUGCAAACCGUUGGAUGCAGUGGUGUAAAGCAUGCUGCCACUGGACUCUA